AUGCAAGCACUCUCCCUGACAUUACAGAACAAGUUCAACAUCUGGAGAAGAAUGAGAAGGAUGAAUACCGAUGUCGAGCAGCAGGAUGUGAGCGCACUUACGUCCUCUACUCAGGUAGAGUCAGGUAUGUUAAUGUAUAACAUGAUUUGACUUUAAUCCACUGUUUUUUGCAACAGCUAGUCACUAAACGUCACAGUGUUUAGCUUUCCCUCAUGUUACAUUGAUCAAAACACUCUUCUUUUUAAUGUGUAGGAGUAAGACGUAGGACCAUUUGACUUUUUUCAUGUGAUGGUAAUCACUCAAACAAAACAUAAUUGUGUUUCAUCAAAAUAGGAUAACUGAAUAAUUUUUCAAUAGGCAUGAGAUUGAGGCCCAUCCUGAACUUGUUAUUCAAGACAAUGAUCCUUCGGCACCACUAGACUCAGAAGGUUAUUACAGAUGCAGAGGAAACUGUGGUCUGGUGUAUAAAACUAAAGCCACAAAAAACAGGUAAGUAAUUAUUACUUAGUGUGAUAUAAGGUCUACACAAGACAAAACAAAGGCUCCUGUAAUGUUUAAAUGUUGCCAUUUCUGGAACUAUAAUUUUACUAAAAAUGUAAGCUUCUCUUAAGUGACAAAAUGCAACACCUUACAUGUUUUUAGUACAUAAAUGAAAUGAUAAGUUCACCUGCUAACACUCAUAAUUUCACCAAUUAACAAUUAUUUUGUGGUUGUUGACAUAAAAAGGAGUCCCAUCCCUACUUUCAUAUGUAGUGAGGAUAUAUACUGCAAGGUCCAAUAUGUUUGUUUAGCAUGGGGAUAAGUUCACCCACUAACAAUAAUGUUACAAACUACUUUUUUCUGGGUUAGACAUGAGAAGCAAACCCAUCCUGACUUGCGAGCUACAUGCACUAGCAACCCUGAGACUGGCCAUGUUAUAAAUUCUGCAGAAUAGAAAAAGGAAGACCAUUUCUUUAACUAUCACAAAGCCAAGCUGACAUAUGGACUCUUGUUGUCAGAUUUUGGAGAUGCCAUUAGAGAGGGGGAUGGACAAAGACUGCUGAUUUUUUCUUGUUAUGGUCAUACAAAGUAUGCAUAUGUGACUCUGCUUUUGUUGGUGCGUGUUCAUGCCAUACUAAAUCAAUCUGAAGCAUUUAGCCUUAUGUCCAACCGCUUUUGUAACACUUCAGGAAGAAUAGGUAGGAAUAUUCCCCUUGAUUUACGGUUAGAGCAUCUAAACAAUUUGCUGAAAGCCUGCUUGAAAGCUCUUGGGGCAAAUGUCAAUGAAGAAAGUGCUCAGAGGAUAGCAGCUGCAUUAAACGGAAUCGAAAUGAUCCUCAACUCUGUGGACAAAGAUUGUAGAUGUACAGUGCCAUCCAAAGUUCACGGUGGGAAAGGUCAUGAAGAGUCAGUGUUGCAGAUUGUGUCUGAUCUCAUCAGUAUCAAUGCUUUUUGCAAGUGCCCUCAACGAGAUGGUUAUUCUGGCUUUGCCAGGUUGAAUGCUAACAUAAUUUCUCAGUUGGAUUAUGCACAAUUUUAUCACUGGGUAAGGGAUAAGUUGAAAAUAUGCAAGGGAAUCUAUAGUCAAGGGCAGUAA